CAACCUAAGAAGCAAGUUUUGAUACGCUCUGUAAUCGAGGUAACAAAACAAAUCAGAUCAGCUGUUUACUUCAAAAGCCAGCUGGGUCGAUUACGAUUUAGUGAGGUAAUUAAUAUUCUUGUUUGAUGGUAUUCUUCCUAAGGUUGUAUUAAAGUGAAGAUGAGACUGAACGAAGAUGAGUCAACAAUGAAGAAAAAGGUCUCGGACUAGCUGUAAACAUAGCAGACAUAUUUUCACCUAUUUGCUUUAGCCGCUAACCUCAACUUUCGUGUAUUAGGUGGUAAUACUGUAUAUUUUUACUUAAAUAAUUUCUUUAUUUUAAAGUGAAGUUCUGUUCCAAAGUGAAUCCUUUAUUAUAAAAGUAAUUACUGUUUAUUUAGUAUUUUAUUUAUAUUGCCUGGUAAUAAAUUAGCUUUAUAAAUAAUUUUAAUUAGGAAAGUAGUAUACAUAAAGCUUAAAAAUUUUCACAGCAAUGACUGUGAAAUUAAUCACAUUUGAUAUUACUGGAACUCUAUUGGCAUUAAGGGAAUCUGUGGGGUUUCAGUAUGCUAAAGUGGGAUCCCGCCAUGGCAUUUAUGCUCCACCUGAUGAGUUGUCAAAACACUUCUACAGAGUUUUCAAAAAACUACUUGUUCAACACCCAAAUUUCGGAGCAAAUGAUAUUGGAUGGCAAGAAUGGUGGAGGCAACUGGUUUUUCACACAUUUCGAGAUUCCUUGCCAAGUCACAAUUUAGAAAAGUCAUCAGCUAUUAAUAGAGUAUCUGCAGAUUUAAUAGAAGUUUACAAAACAAAGGAGUGUUGGAAGAUGACUGAAGGCUCACAAACUUUAUUGGAAAAACUGAGGAGUAAAGGUUUGCGUUUGGGAGUUAUUUCUAAUUACGAUCCAAGACUAGAAGAUAUAUUAAAUAACUUGAAUAUACACAAGUAUUUUAACUUUGUUUUGACCUCAUACAGUGCAAAAUGUCAAAAACCUGAUCCUGCCAUUUUCAAAAUUGUUGAACAAAUGAACAAAGAUUUGAAGAAAAAAGAAAUCUUGCAUAUUGGCGAUAACCCAAAACUAGAUUAUUUGGGUGCAAAGGAAGCUGGCUGGAACUCUCUCCUAAUUGGAGAAAAUGUUACAAAGAUAACAGUUGAUUUUCCUGAAAUAAAAAGUGAAUGGGUUGUAAAAAAUAUUGGUGAAAUUUAUGCAACAUUAGAAAAUAAUGGACUAAUCUUGUGAUGCAUGGAUAUUUUGAAAUUUAGAUAAAGGUUUAUUAUAUGCACAAUUUAGUUCAAAUGAAUUUUAUGUUGUGUUCUUACAAAUUUUAUAAAUUAGGCUGUUUUAGUAUUAUUAGUCAAGGGUAGACUAAUAAGCAGCCUACACUUGUUCUUCAAUUGCUUUUAUCAAAUUGUUUGAUUAUUUCAUCCGAAGGAUAAUUCGAUAUUACAAUUUAUUUAACUUAUCAUAUGAUUUAAACUUAUUAGUUAUAGUCAUUUUAAUGUAAAAAAUAAACAACAAGAAGUAACUAAUAUUUUGAGACUUUGAAAAUGGUGAUGAAUAUGGGGAAAAUAUGUGAGAUAUUUUUCACAAGUGAUGAGAUUUGUUUAAGUAGCUUUCAACAUUUGGGUUUGGUUGGUAACACGUGGGGAAAAAUUUGUCCUCCAUUUCACAAAAGCGGUUACUAGUUGAUAUCAAGCUGGGAAAGAUAUAAAUAUUGUAAGAUUUCUUUGAUAUUUAAGUCUAAGCCAUAGUUGGUUUUGUUGUCCUGUAAUGUUAUUGUAAAAAAAAAAUUGUAUUGUACGAGAUUCUUCUUGUUAUGGUAAUUUAUUAUAUCUCUUAUUGUGUAAGAUUUUUACAUGCAUCGAAGUUGAAUAAUAUAUUGAAUUGUUUGUUCAUAGCAAUCGAAUAACGAGAGUAGGCCGCUUAUUAAAGUCUCCCCUUAGUCAAAAUGUACAAUUGCAAACUAACAAGAUUAGGUUAUUAACACAAUUUGUCUCUUGGAAUUUUGUUGUAAAAAAAGAGAAAUAGCGAACCUUACCUAUUGAAAAUGUAAAAUAAGUUACCAUACCGUCUUAUUUUAACUUCACAAACUGCUUUUCAAUAUUGUGUACUCUGAAAUAUUUAUUCUAAGGUGGGAGUUAAUAUCCUGUGCUAGAAUAUUACAAAAGGCCACCAUUGUUAGUUUUAUAAAUUCUGUUGUCAUGUAAGAGUUGAAAAUGUUAUAAAAUUGAUUUUUAAUGAUGAUUGCUUAUACUAAUUUGUAAAUAUUGGAAAUGUAAUAAUGUACACAAAGCAUUAAAUGUCACUCUUGCAACGUU